CUUUUGUGACGCGCAUGACAGUCGUUGUAAAACUCAAGACGACAGUAAAUACCAAAGAGAAGUAGACGGUCCGUCAACAAAUACACGUAUCUGUCAGACAGAGCAGAGGGGGUAUUCAUGAUUUAAUAGUACGCAGAGGUCGAUACAUGUACAAAUAUUAUGUCGCACCUUCAUUAAGUGUGCGCAGGUGAAACAAACACUGAAAUCUGGACAGUUCCACUCUUCCACCUGGAAGUCUCUUCACCACCUUGGCACUUAACAUAUGUUUUUACAUGAAGAGGGGCGAGAAACCCGAGGGAUACAGACAAAUGCGACCCAAGACGUUCCCUGCGAGCAACUACAGUGGCAAUAGUCAACAAAUGCUGCAGGAGAUCCGGGAGAGCUUGCGGAACCUCACCCGGCCCUCAGAUGCUCCCAAGGCUGACGUGAGCGCCGGGAAGGGACCGCCGGACGAUCCCAGACAACAAGGGCGCAGCACCAACCCCAGGAACCCCCACCACCACAGAGCCCUGCAGGAGAUCCGCAAAUCACUCAUGCCUUUUGCUAAUGGAACUACCUCCAGUGGACACACUACAGACAUCAACAAACACAUGUUGCAAGUGCUGCAGGAUGCUGGCUUUGAUGAGGAGAUGGUGGUUUAUGCUCUGAAGCAGACAAACAGUCGUAGUGUGGAGGCAGCCAUAGAGUACAUCAGUAGGAUGAAUUUCCAGGAGCCUGUGAGGGAGCAGAUAACAGUCGCUGCUGCACGCCCUGUGAACACAGGAAUAAAACAAGCAGGUCCUUCCCAAAUUCAACAGACAGUGUUGCGGCGCCCAAGCUGGAAGGGAUCAAAGGAAUCACUGGCCCCACAGCGACACAGUGCUCUAAUGACUGAUGGCAUGAUUUACCGUCCUAGUAGCCCUGGACCUCAAAGUGACCUCUCACGGCCUGCUACCUUUCCUCAAAAUCUUGCUGCUGCAGCCAGCGGCCAACGAGUAAACCCACGGCAGGUGCGUAGCGUCACUCCUCCUCCCUCCUCAUGGGACUCCAAUCCUUCAACCAAGCGGUAUUCUGGGAACUUGGAUUACCUGGUGCCCCGGAUCUCUCCCGUGCCUCAGGGGCCCCGACCCGAUAGCUAUAUAAACCCUCCAUCCCAGGCGCAACGAGGGCUCAGUCCAGUGCCUGUGGGUCGGCAACCCAUCAUCAUGCAAAACCCCGGGAGCAACAAGUUCACCUUCCCCCCAUCCUGGCCCCAGAAUGGCGCCAUACAAGGUGAGUACAUGGGCAUUAAUAGCAGUGGCCGGCAGCCGCCGCCACCUCCAUAUCCCAUGCACCAGGCUAACAGACAGAGUCCCACGGCCCAGCAGAUGCAAUCCAGCGCUCUUGCCGCACCCUCAAAUGGAACCAGCCUUCCACCAAGCAUGCUGGUGCCCAACCGCAAUAGCCACAACCUUGAUAUGUACAACCUUGGAGUGCUUCCUCAGGUCAGAUCAUCUGUGCAGCAGCCUCAGACUUCACCCGGCCACAGCACCAAUCAGGACGUUCCUUCAUCAUGGCCCCAUAGCGUGCCGGGCCGCUCAAACUCCUUCACCAAUGCCCAGCCAAGUGGGCGUCAGUGCACUUCUGUGCCCAGCUCUCAACCUUCCGCCACUACCGUCACCACCAUUACACAGGCCCCCAUUCUGCAGCCGGUAAAGAGUAUGCGGGUGCAAAAGCCAGAGCUGCACACCGCCGUUGCCCCUACGCACCCACCUUGGCUGCAGCAGCCACCCCCUCCGCCCACUGCGUAUCAAGAGCCUCCUGCUCUCACAGCAGCCGCAGAAGUCCCGAGCUACCAGGGCCCACCUCCUCCUUAUCCUAAACACCUGCUACAGCAGCCACCUCCACCAGGGUAUGACCCUAGCCCCACACCAAAACCCAGCAACAAAGAGGAGGAUGGAGCGGAUAAUGACAACGACACGGACAGCACCUGCUCCAGCGAGCGUGCUGAGGCCUCUGAGGAACGUGAGAAGAAACAGAUCACAACGUCUCCCGUACCGGUGCGGCGUUACAAACGCGACGAGGAGCGCAAAGGGGAAAGCAGAGUUCCCAUGUACUCGCCACAGGCUUUCAAGUUCUUCAUGGAGCAGCAUGUGGAGAACAUCCUCAAGAAUCACCAGCAGAGGAUCCGAAGGAAGAAGCAGUUGGAGAGCGAGAUGCAGCGGGUGGGACUUUCAGGCGACGCACAGGAACAGAUGCGCAUGAUGCUGUCCCAGAAAGAAUCCAACUACAUCCGCCUCAAGCGCGCCAAAAUGGACAAAUCCAUGUUUGAUAAGAUCAAGACUCUGGGAAUUGGGGCAUUUGGAGAAGUGUGUUUGGCUCGGAAAGUGGACACGGGAGCGCUGUAUGCCAUGAAGACGCUCCGUAAAAAAGACGUCCUGUUAAGAAACCAGGUGGCCCAUGUGAAAGCUGAGCGGGAUAUUCUCGCUGAAGCAGAUAAUGAGUGGGUCGUCCGGUUGUAUUACUCGUUCCAGGAUAAAGAUAACUUGUAUUUUGUCAUGGACUACAUCCCUGGUGGGGACAUGAUGAGUCUUUUGAUCAGAAUGGGCAUUUUUCAAGAGGACUUGGCACAGUUUUACAUCGCAGAACUCACCUGUGCUGUGGAAAGCGUCCACAAAAUGGGUUUUAUCCAUCGAGACAUCAAACCUGACAACAUCCUAAUUGAUCGUGAUGGACACAUCAAACUGACAGACUUUGGCCUGUGCACUGGCUUCCGAUGGACUCACGACUCCAAAUACUACCAAAGCGGCGAUCAUGUGCGUCAGGACAGUAUGGACUUCAGUAAGGAGUGGGAAGAUCCUGCCAGCUGUCGCUGUGGGGACCGACUGAAGCCACUGGAGCGCAGAGCCGCUCGACAGCAUCAGCGCUGCUUGGCUCACUCACUGGUGGGCACUCCCAAUUACAUUGCACCCGAGGUCCUACUGCGCACAGGUUACACCCAGCUCUGUGAUUGGUGGAGUGUGGGUGUUAUCCUCUAUGAGAUGUUAGUUGGUCAGCCUCCUUUUCUGGCAACAACUCCUCUUGAGACCCAGAUGAAGGUGAUAAACUGGCAGACGACCCUACACAUCCCGCUGCAGGCCAAGCUGAGUCCAGAGGCCACCGACCUGAUCCUGAAGCUCUGCCGUGGCCCGGACGACCGGCUUGGGAAAAAUGGAGCUGAUGAGAUUAAAGCCCAGCCGUUCUUCAAAAGCAUCGACUUCUCCACAGAUCUACGGCAACAACACUAUGCGCCUUACAUCCCCAAAAUUACACACUGCACUGACACCUCCAACUUUGACCCCGUUGACCCUGACAAACUCUGGAGCGAUGAUGCUGACAGCAACCACAACGACACACUCAACCGCUGGUUCAAGAACGGCAAGCACCCGGAGCAUGCCUUCUACGAGUUCACCUUCCGCCGCUUCUUUGACGAUAACGGACACCCGUACAGCUGUCCCAAGCCCAUCGAGUGCGAGGAUUAUGACGUGGAAGAGGAAGAGUCGAUGGACCCUUCGAAGAGGUUGGGGCCGGAGCAGGGCCGGGACUUGGUUUAUGUUUAGCGUGAAUGUGUGUGUGGGUGAAUCUCACAAAACUAGUCAAGAUUCCCCAGAAAUCAAAAGAAACUAUCAAGAAAUUAUAUUUUGCAUGAACAUAAAUACAUACGUCCUGUAUAUCGGCAUUGUGAUAUUUUCAUGACAAUAUCAAGAACAUUUAAAACCUCAAUUUCUCAUUUCUGUAAUGCAGACAACUAUGUAUUAUUUAAAUUAACAUCAUGUAAUUAGUAAUUUGACAUCAUGGUAGUAUUAUUUUUUUUUUUUUUUUCACUGCCUCUAUAUGCUGAUUUAAAAAAAAUGAAUGACUUUGCUUUAUAGUCAUUUUUUAUGUAGUUAAACAUUAUUAGUAUUAAACAUUAUAAGUGUCAAAUUCAUUUGGACACUUAAAAGGAAUUUUGGGGGGAAUGAACAUGAACAUGCCAACCAUUUUAAUAGGUCUUAAAAUUGGCUUGAUUUUCUUUAUGCAGGAUAUCAUUUCUUAUUUCUUUGAUUUGUGGGGGCAUAUUUUCAUGAGACGGACCCGUGUAGGAUGUGUGUGUGGUGUUUUUAUAUGUUUGUGUGUGUGAUCUCUCUUCCAUCUAGCUACGGUGGUGACUGGUUGAGUCUGCCUUGACACUUUGUGCUGUAUUUAUUAUUUUUUUUGUUCAGGAUGCACUUGUCUGGUGCCUUUUAAACAACCGAGAAUCUAAUGAUGCAGUGGAGCUCUGUAUUUUUACUCCUCUUUAAUUUAUUUAAAGACUUUUUUUAAUGGUAGUUGAAAUGAGUCGAGUGUUUUCUUCCUCAGAUGAUGUCUUUAUUUAUGAUUGUGUGGAUUUGUUUCUCAUUUUGAGUGGCACAGGGCACUAGACUGCACAGGGACUAUGACUUUAUGCCUUCUUUCACCAAAACUAUGAGGGAGAUCAUCCUGUUCUCUGGUAAAUUUAGCUGACCGUUCAUUAUACAAGUUUCCAAGAAAAAAAAAACAUUGUAAAUUGUUGCUCUGUGUAUUUUUUUUUAUUUAUACACAAAAUUUGUAUAUAUAAGUUAUGCGGUGUAAAUUUGUACUUUUUCCCCUCUUCUUAGUCCCAAAGGAUAUGAUGUCAAAACAUGUUUUACGGUACAUAUGACUCCAGAUCCUGAGCAAAACUCAUUUAAAAACACUACUCUGGUUUCUCUCCUUGGUACGAAGAGAUCUUGCUGUGUCACUACCAAAGGCUUCGGUUUUUCUGCGAGAACGGUCGCAUAACAUAAUUUUAUUAUUUUCUUUUUUCCUGAAAUCUAUCCUGUGCAUUUCUGAAUGUAAUAAGGAACUUCUUUUCUUUGAUUAAACUGGUGGUCUUUUUCCAGGAAAAGCAUCUCUAGCUA